GGUAGCAAGCUGCAGCAACGUGACAGUAUGGACAUAUCACGUCGAAUAAUCAGAUAUGACUCCCGUCUCUUAAUAGGAUGAUACCACUUCACAAUUAUCAUCCCACCUGCCAUACACUAAAUUGUGUGGUUCUCAAUGGGAAGUCACCAUCCACCCAGCAGCUGCCACUGCAGCAAGCGGGGUCUCUUUGCGUGUGCCCAGCCAGAUGUCGGUGAGGGUUGACCCGACGUUGAUCAACAACAUCAACAUACAUCUAUCAUCGUAAACAACAAACAGAUCAUCUCAUCGACCUACACCCAUCCUCCUUUUAGCCCUUAUCAACCCUAUCCAAAAUGUCCAUCUCCAUCAUCGACUCCCACAUCCACCUCUGGAACGAAGCCGAAGCCCCCAGUCACAACUGGUACGCCUCAGACUCGCCCCUCGCAACCCGCCACUCCAUCGCAGAGUACCGUGAAGCCACCAGCUCAUCCGCCUCUCAGCUCUCUGGCUUCAUUUACAUUGAGGCCGACCGCAAAAAUGACGACUCCAAGGACUGGUCAGAACCAUUGAAUGAGCUAGCUUGGAUGCGUCGGAUCAUUGAGGGCAAGCCUCAGGAGGGUGAAGGCCAUACUGCUGAUAAUGCCAAGCUAUGUCUGGGAAUCAUUCCUUGGGCUCCUAUUGCUUCUGGCUUGCCUAAGCUGAAGGAGUACAUUGCUACUGUGGAGGAACAAGCUGGGGAGGCUGCUUGGGCAAAGGUGAAAGGUUUCCGGUAUUUGUUGCAGGACAAGCCGAACAAGACAGGGUUGACAGAGGAGUUCAUUGAUGGGUUGAAGUUGCUGGGGGAGAAGGGCUGGGUAUUUGAUGCUGGCGUCGACCAGCACAGGAGAGGGAGGGUGCAGUUGGAGGAGCUGGUGGAGAUUAUUGACCGGGCUCAUGAUGGUGUGGAAGAUGAAGACAAGAAGGUGGUGUUCAUUAUCAAUCAUCUUUGCAAGCCCGACCUGACAAUCAUCAGUCAGACUGAUCCGUCAUUUAUUGCUUGGUAUGCUCAUUUUCUUGGUUCAGAUGAAUGA